AUUGUUCAAUGUAUUCAAAGUAUAAACAAUUCAAAAGCAAAACGGGAUUUCUUGCUAAAUUUUGCAAAUUCACCAAUUGAAUUUAUUAAUAAAUGGAUUGCUAGUCAAAGUAGAGAUUUAGAGAUUAUAUUAGGUGAUAGUAGGGUAAAUAUUGAGGAACAAAGAUAUUCGGAAUUUUAUAAACAGGAUUGGGUUAAUGAAGCUACAUUCCAUUAUAUUUCUGCUCAGCAAAAGAUUGAUUGA